AAACCGGUUCGGAGAGGAAACGGAAUGAGAGGCUGUUCGGGAGCUGCUUUACUCACUUCUCUGUUGAUCUACCUCCGGCCAGUCCAGAUGACUUAUAUCUUUGUCUAUGGGACUCUGAAGAACGGUCAGCCCAACUACUUCAGGAUGUUACCGGACCAAGGGAACGGGAACGCUGGGUUCUGUGGUCACGCCCGUACCGUAGAUCGCUACCCGCUGGUGAUCGCUGGGAAUUACAACAUCCCCUUCCUGCUGAACCGUCCCGGGGAAGGCCACAGGGUCCGGGGGGAGGUGUACAAGGUGGACGACACCAUGCUGAGCUUCCUGGACGCCUUCGAGGGCUGCCCAACCAUGUACCAGCGCACCUCCGUUCAGAUAGAGUUGGAGGACUGGAAGGUGGAGGGGAGAGAGAAGAGGAACCCAGGCAGCAUAAUGGAGGUCUUCUUCUACAGCACCACCUCCUACCAACCUGCCUGGCUCAAACACAACUUCUAUGAGAGCUACGACGCCUACGGGGACCAUGGCUUGGUGUACAUCGACAGGAAGGACAGAGAGUUACCCUGAACUGUGACCUGAUGGCACCAGCAGGUCCGGGACCUGGCUAGAGGAUAGAUG